CCCCACCCUCAGUGCCCGGCUCCCCCCGGGGUUCGCUGCAAGGAUCUGUCCCGUACUCCGACGUCUCCGGAGCGUCGGUGCAAGAGAGCGCCCCGCCCUCAGUGCCCGGCUCCCCCCGGGGUUCGCUGCAAGGAUCUGUCCUGUACACUAACAUCUACCGAGCGUGGGUGCAAGAGAGCGCCCCGCCCUCAGUGCCCGGCUCCCCCCGGGGUUCGCCGCAAGGGUCUGUCCCGUACUCCGACGUCCCCGGAGGGUGGGUGCAAGAGACCUCCUCGCCCUCAGUGCCCAGCUCCCCCCGGGGUUUGCUGCAACGAUCUGUCCCGUACUUCGACCUCUACCGAGCGUGGGUGCAAGAGACCGCCUCGCCCCCAGUGCUCGGCUCCCCCCCGGGUUCGCUGCAAGGAUCUGUCCCGUACCCCGACGUCUCCGGAGCGUGGGUGCAAGAGAACGCCUCGCCCCCAGUGCCCGGCUCCCCCCGGGGUUCGCUGCAACGGUCUGUCCGGUAUUCUGACGUCUCCGGAGCGUCGGUGCAAGAGACCGCCCCGCCCUCAAUGCUCGGCUCCCCCCGGGGUUCGCAGCAGGGAAAGGUCCCGAGCUCGGACUCCACCCAAGCGUCGGGACAAGGAUCCGCCCAGCCCUCAGUGCCCGGCUCCCCCCGAGGUUCGCAGCAGGGACCGGUCCCGAGCUCGGACUCCUCGCGAGCGUCGGGACAAGGAUCCGCCCAGCCCCCAGUGCCCGGCUCCACUCGGGUGUCCGUGGAAGAAUCGACUCCGCCCCUGGCCUCCCCCCGAGAGUCGGUAGAAGGGUCCGCCCCGCCCUUGACCGGACCCACUUCUAUACCUACGCCCCGGGAGAGUCUCAAUCAGAGCAUGGCGAGUCGGGAGAAGGCGAGUGUCGCGGGCCACAUGUUCGACGUAGUCGUGAUAGGAGGCGGCAUCUCAGGGCUGUCUGCCGCCAAACUCUUAGCUGAACAUGAAGUGAAUGUUUUGGUCUUAGAAGCACGGGACAGAGUUGGAGGAAGAACAUACACUGUGAGGAAUGAACACGUCAAUUAUGUAGAUGUUGGCGGGGCGUAUGUGGGACCAACCCAGAAUAGAAUCUUACGGUUAUCUAAGGAGCUGGGUCUAGAAACUUACAAAGUGAACGUAUGUGAGCGGCUUGUUCAAUAUGUAAAGGGGAAAACUUAUCCUUUUCGGGGCGCCUUUCCUCCGGUGUGGAAUCCUAUCGCGUAUUUGGAUUACAACAAUCUGUGGCGGACAAUGGAUAACAUGGGGAAGGAGAUUCCAGCCGAUGCACCAUGGGAGGCCCCACAUGCUAAGGAAUGGGACAAGAUGACCAUGAAAGAGCUCAUCGAUAAAAUCUGCUGGACAAAGACUGCUAGGCAAUUUGCGUAUCUCUUCGUGAACAUCAAUGUGACCUCUGAACCCCACGAGGUGUCUGCGCUGUGGUUCCUGUGGUACGUGAAACAGUGUGGAGGCACCACUCGGAUAUUCUCGGUUACCAACGGGGGCCAGGAACGGAAGUUUGUGGGGGGAUCUGGUCAAGUGAGUGAACGGAUAAUGGACCGCCUCGGGGACAGGGUGAAGCUGAAGCGUCCUGUCACCUAUGUUGACCAGUCAGGUGACAGCAUCAUCAUAGAGACGUUGAAUCAUGAAGUGUAUGAGUGCAGAUACGUAAUUAGCGCCAUCCCUCCAACAUUGACUGCCAAGAUGCACUUCAAACCAGAGCUUCCGUCAGAGAGAAACCAGUUAAUUCAACGUCUUCCGAUGGGAUCUAUCAUUAAGUGCAUGAUGUAUUACAAGGAGGCCUUUUGGAAGAAGAACGAUUAUUGUGGCUGUAUGAUCAUUCAAGAUGAGGAAGCACCCGUCUCAAUAACUCUGGAUGACACCAAGCCAGAUGGAUCACUGCCUGCUAUCAUGGGCUUCAUACUUGCCCGAAAAGCAGACCGACUUGCCAAGCUCCAUAAAGAAAUCAGGAAGAAGAAAAUCUGUGAGCUGUACGCCAAAGUGCUAGGAUCCCAAGAAGCUUUACACCCCGUGCACUAUGAAGAGAAGAACUGGUGCGAGGAGCAAUACUCUGGGGGCUGUUACACCGCCUACUUCCCCCCUGGGAUCAUGACUCAAUAUGGAAGGGUGAUCCGCCAGCCGGUUGGCAGGAUUUACUUUGCGGGCACUGAGACUGCCACACACUGGAGCGGUUACAUGGAAGGGGCAGUAGAGGCUGGAGAACGGGCUGCUAGAGAGGUCUUGAAUGCUCUGGGGAAGGUGGCGAAGAAGGACAUCAAGGUUCAAGAACCUGAAUCAAAGGACGUUCCAGCUGUAGAGAUCACCCGUACCUUUUGGGAGAGGAACCUUCCCUCAGUGUCAGGACUGCUGAAGAUCAUCGGAUUUACCACCUCAGUAACUGCCGCGUGGAUUGUGGUGUACAAAUUCAGGCUCCUGUCCCGGUCAUGAGGUUCUUCUGCCUGUGUCCUUCUGCUUCUCUUCCCCGGCAGCAUCAAAAGCAAAUUGUUGGCAAAGGCUGUGUCGUUGGACUGUUGUUAAUAUGCACCGGAUUUAACCCCUCGGUGUAGUCUCAUUCGGUGUCAGAGUAAAAACAACCCAAAAAACCACCUCGUAAUUUCAAUAAGAUCAAACUGCAUUGUA